ACCAUGGCUAAACUCGCCGAGCUUCACAAUCUUUUUCCUGCCCUGCGUGAAUUUGUGAAAAUGGGAAAGCCAGUCUGGGGGACAUGUGCAGGUCUUAUAUUCCUGGCAAACAAAGCUACUGGACAGAAAGAAGGUGGACAGGAAUUAAUUGGUGGCCUUGAUUGCACUGUGCAUAGGAACUACUUUGGCAGUCAGAUCCAGAGCUUUGAGGCAGAACUUCAAGUCCCAGAGCUUGCAUCCAAGGAAGGUGGUCCUGAGACAUUCCGUGGUGUUUUCAUUCGUGCUCCUGCAAUCCUUGAGGCAGGGCCAGAAGUUGAAGUGCUGGCUGACUAUGCUAUUCCAACUAAUAAAGUUCUUUAUUCAAGUUCUUCUGUUGAAAUACAAGAGGAGAGUGCUAUGCCUGAAAAGAGAGUGAUUGUUGCUGUAAGGCAGGGUAAGCUGUUAGCAACUGCCUUCCAUCCAGAAUUGACUGCAGAUACUAGAUGGCAUAGUUACUUUUUAAAGAUGGCAAGUGAGGUUGAAGAAGGGGCCUCAAGCAGCAUCGUUGCUGUGGGAGGAGUGGAUUCAAAUCCAAGUUCUAUCCAACAGCCAAAAUUUGAUCUUCCUAUAUAUCAAUAGUGAUACUGACACUAUUUUCCUCAUCAGUUUUUUCCUGUUCUUCCUGGUUUUCCCCUAACUUACAGGUAACUUGUUAACAUCUUUUUGAUGUUGUAUGCAGAAAUUUAGUCUGUAAGUGACAGUAUCUUUUUAGAUUGAUCUUUUUGAUACAAAUACAUAAUAAUGCAUAAGAGUUGAAACCCACAAUUCCGUACAUACGGGAGUCGAACACAACUUUAAAGUU